ACCUCGACGCGGUCGGAUCUCACCUUGUAUCUGUCACGUACGCGUACGCAUACGUAUACACGCGCGCAGCUUCUUAUCAGUACAGUAAUUCGAAGUGAAAACAGUUAUUGGUCCGCGACGGAUCGACGUUACCGUUGCAAAUCUUCGCCGCGAAAUGACGUUAAUCACGUGAUCGGUGUGGACGAACGUUUAGUUGUUUCGAAUUUGAUGACAGGAAUUUUUUAAAUCUCGUACGCGAGUGUUUGUCACGGAUAAUGGACUAUCGGUAAUUCGAACAGCAUUCGUUAGCAUUAACGUCGCGAUCGGUGGUGAUUUAAAGUGAAUCAAGUGACGCGGCUUAUAGAACGUUGCUCCACAGUGCAUGAGAACGAUUUGUGAUUUCUCUCGCGAAUAAUCCAGUGCUUUUUUCGAUGGUUCCUUGGAUAGCACUUGUUAGAAGACACAUCUUAAACAGUUUAUAGUAACAAAAACUUUACAAGAAAAGAUUUGAAAGUUGAACGACUCACAUCACUAAUAAACGGGCGGCACCGCGCGCGUACCCUCCGCCAUUACGUUUGACGCGCGAUCGAGAAUCGAAGCGCGCUACAAUCGAUUAGCCAGCAAUAGAUCGUAAAACGUGGGUGGCUGAAAUGUUCAGGAAAGAACGUCGAACAUGCGAUACACGAGUGUUCGAUUAAUCGACGUGGGUACGUGCAACGGUCGUGGUUCGCUAUCAAGAGGGUUUCAAUUAAAUCUCCCGCGGGGAAGGUCAAGUGCAUCGUGUGAGCGACAUUCAGUUUUCAGUUUUAAUUAAAACACCCCUCUGGGAUUCCUAUUAUCACGCUUGUGUUUGAAAUUAAUUAGCCACGACACGGACAGUUACCGUGGCGAGUGAGCGAGAAUCUGGAAGAACGGUGGAUUUUACGCGACAGUAGAAUAGCCGGGAAGAAGUGUUGCUAGUCGUUGGAAUGAUUCGAUAUAUCGAUCUCGAAGUAAUCGUUCAGUAUCGAAGCAAAUAGCGACGCCGUUUCAGUGUAUCUCGUGGCGUUGAAAUCGCGUGUGUGACAGGUUAAAGAGGAAGCUCGAUCAGAUUUUUGUUAAACGUUUUCUCGCGAGUGACAAAUUGUGUCGUUGCGUGCGAAAGAAGGACGCCAGUUCCAGAGGGAGAUAGAGACGAUAGGAAAAGUGGGAGAAAAAGUGAGCAGCUUAUCGGUCGUCGUAGCAUCCACGGCGAAGGAAUGAAAGCGGCGUAGCAACGGCAAUAGCUCGUCCCGACUCGUCCGAAUUCGUCCUAGAGACACAUAUUAUGUGAGGUGAAAAUUGCAACGAGGGAAACGAAGAUGUCCGCCGUCAGCGUGGCUGCAUGGCUGCUCAGCGCCGUCGCUUUUGCUGCGAUUAAUAACGAGGCGCACUGCUACAGCAUGCUGCACGGUAGCAGCGGAAAGAAUGGCAACGCUCAUCAGAACAGCCUCGACGAUAGUAGUACACCAUCGGGACCAUACUUCGACAUAGCGAAUUCGAAGAACGUGACUGCUCUUCUGGGCAAAACCACUUACUUGAACUGUCGCGUGAAGAACCUGGGAAACAGAACGAUGACGUUACAGGUUUCCUGGAUGCGGCACAGGGAUGUCCACCUGCUCACAAACGGUCAUUACACGUACACGAACGACCAACGAUUCAGGGCGAUCCACCACGCUCACACGGACGAUUGGAUGCUUCAAAUCAAGUAUCCGCAGCUCCGUGACAGCGGUUUCUACGAGUGUCAGGUCUCCACGACGCCGCAUAUGAGUCACAUCGUGCAUCUGAACGUGAUCGAACCGAAAACGGAGAUCCUGGGUGCUCCGGAUUUGUACAUUAACCGAGGCAGCACGAUCAACCUAACGUGCGUAGUCCUGCAAAGUCCAGAACCUCCAGCCUACAUAUUUUGGAACCAUAACGAUGCUAUAAUCAGCUACGACUCGACCAGAGGUGGCGUAUCCGUGGUCACCGAGAAGGGUGACACGACCACUAGCUUCCUGUUGGUACAGGAAGCGAAACCAUCGGACUCCGGCCGAUAUACUUGUAAUCCAAGCAACGCUCAACCAAAGUCUAUCACCGUUCACGUACUCAACGGAGAGUAUCCCGCGGCAAUGCAGCAUGGCGGUCAAGCCAAGCAACCGAGGCUCUACUCCCUUCUGCUCUGUUUGUGUCUGCUGCUUUACUAACCGUUUACACUUCUGGACUACUGUUCCUUUUGCCGGUCGUAAACGGUGAGAAACGGUGAUCGGGGACAACUGUCGAAGAAAGUACUCGCGUUCGUGCAACCGGAAAUGACGGCUGGUGUAGUGACGCGUUAUCGUUUCGCGACGCGCGUGAAAAGCGGCCGGAUGCCUGCGAGCGUAACACCAUGAAGAGGGGAAAAAGGGGAAAAGCUGCAUGGGGUUCAGCAACAAAGUGACUGAUCGUAAUCGUUGCUGAACACGCGACGCGCAACUCGAAAGCCGACGAACAACGCGACGGUUCGCGAAACGAUUAAGCCCCGUGCCAUGUCGGGACGGAAAUUGAGAUGGCGGCAGACGGAGGAACGGAACAAACCAUCGGGACAAAAGCGAGGAUCAGAAUACAAAGGAUCGUCUUUCCUCCGCAAUUAUUCAGCCAACCCUGUUGGAAUGUCUGCGAACGGAACAGGAAGACAAACAGCCUUCGAAAGGGUAGGGAAAGAGUGAGAAGGAAAAGUGAAAUUUUCAUCGACACGGUUCUUGAUACGUCGAUUGGCAUCCGUUAAAGACCAAUACAACCGGAAACGACAAGCGAGCCUGUGCUUGAAUUUCGCGCCACUCACUUCCGGAACUUUAAUCAUCGUUAAGCAAAGAUACUCUAUCGACGAAAAUAACAAAAUCGUGAUCUCUUUCGCGUGAAAACGGAAACGCUGCUGUCGAGAAGAAUCGUAGGUGUGUAAGUACAGUCACGGUAUUCUGUCGCUCCGUUAGGAGCAUGUAUUUUUUUCCUUUCAGAAAAUUUUUAAUACUUUGCGUCAUCCCCUUGCUACUAUUUUGAUAUCUUACUGAGAAAAUAGUAGAAAUUUAAAAUAUGAGUGCCCCAUUGGAGUGACAGGGUGCUGUACUCCCAGUCGGAGACUUUUUCUAAAAAAUAUACGCGCUUUUUCGUUCUUUUAUCAACAUCCGGUGUUCGAUCGUUUCUCAUGGGUCAUUCUCGCUCUCUUGUCUUUUAUCAAACUCUAUACGAAUUGUAAGUUAUGAAAUAAUGUGUGAAAGAAACGAAGUCAGAUAUACAAUUCAAUUUGGUACGGUCACCAUCGUUUGAAAUAUUUGAAACUUUUUUAAUUUUUGGGAAAUGCACAUCAUUUUCUAAGAAAUAUUUUGAAAAAUUGAUAAAUGCUCGACGCGAGAAAUUAUUAUUCCAAUGGAUACUAGUGGCAGAAGAAAUAUUUUAUCGUAUAAAACAAUUCAUUCCAUUUUAUUGUUAAAUAUUGCUAUGUUUAAUCACGAUUUCCUACAAUAUAUUGUAAUUCGCGUUGUUACGAAUAUUACCAAAGGGAAAUUGAAAAUACGCAACAGUUCAUCAAAUUUUUACACGGGAACACAAAACUUAUCAAUAUCGUGUCAGUCUUUUUCCAAUAAUCGACAAGAACGUUUAUGUCGAAGUUAUUUGUUCCGAAGUUUAAUAAUAACAAGCUUCAACAAUAUUCCGGCGAAAAAAUUAUUCUAUUCGUUAUUCCCCUUCGUUCUGGAUUGAAAAAAUUCCCAAUAGAAUCCCCUCGGAAUAGAAUAAAAAAUACUAUUUUCAUUCCGAAAGUGGAAAAUGAAAAAUAUUGAAAGUAAAAAAGAACAUUCGAUCGAACGUGUAAAACAUGUUUGUUUAAUCGAUCAACUAAGUUUGUUUAAACGACGAAACGAACUUUUAUAAUUUACUCUUUUCGUGAGCCAAUUAUUCGUGAAGUAUCGUGAAACUUGGAUUUCAAAACGUAGUUCACUAUAAUGAGAUCCAUCAUAAUCCACGUCGUUUCUGAAACAGCCCCGAUGUUCAUGUCACGUAAAUGUUUCCACAAAGUCCCCUGAUAGAAUCUAUUAGAGAAGUUGUCAUUGUCAUCAAACAAGCUUAAAACGUUUAAUCAAAGGUCAAUUACCGUUGUAUUUCGAAAUGUAAAUGUCAAAAUGUGAAGUUUGCUGAAUCAAUAUCUGUCACGGGUUACGUGAUUUUUUUAAACGCUGCGCUGUUUGCAUCGAAUGUAUUUUUCCCUCCAGCGUUCAAUCAAUUAUUCCAAUUGAAUGCACAAUAUCGCAAUACGAAGCACAAUAGUCACGUAUGAAAUUCAACUCGCACACCGUGCGGAUUUAAAAUUUUAUACCGACCCUUUGGUAAAAGACUUUUCUUUUAUCAUUUUAAAAACGAACAAUCCGGACGAGGAUUCUGAAAGAAAUGCAAAAUAAAUUGGAAAUGCCACCGUCUUAAGAAAGCUCCAUUGAAGGAAGUUCGUUUGUGACACAAACAAGGAGUAAUAAAUUCGAUGCAAAUAACUUCUUCGACAGGAAUUGCAUUAAAUUUAAUGGGAAUUUAAUGGACGUAACAGCCUGAGAAAAGGAUCCUUUUAUUACUAAAAGCUGACGAUCCUCCGCCGAUUAAAAAUUAUAAAUUUUUUUACGAUUCUCUCUGUGUCUUCUCCAUUAGUUAUUAUCUUUCAAAGAAAUGAAUGUUUGAUGAUAUCGAUCAAUUUCAUGGAAAGGUUCACCGCAGAAGCGGAAACUCGGUUCGAUGUCGGCCAGCAUCGAACACCAUGUAACUCGAAUUUCAAAACUUGCAGCAUGCCGGAAGUUGCGAAAGUUAAUAUCGAUUUGCGGCGAUAGCUACUUCUGUGGCGAUUAAUAAAACUUUCAGAACUGAAGUCGAAGGAAAAGUUUCGAAAAAUGGUGCACCAUGAAACUGCAAUAUUUCGAACAACUGUUGAAUGUUUAAAUUUCUAAUAAAAUUUCCCAGCAGUUUCUGUUUGAUACUAACAGUAAUGAUUCUGAAAAUCCCGGAAAAUAAACGGUAGCUUCUUUCCGGCGCGUUUCGCACGCUUCCGCGCCUCUCCAGUCGUGCGAUUGCGCUGAAUUUUUUUCCCCCUUGAAAAUCGGCCGACUUUGCCGCAAAAAAGAGGAAGGAAGGAAGAGAGGAAAAAAGUACGCGCGAAACAAACGAGAGAAAAAAAAAGGGGGAAACAAGGGCAAAGACGGUGGUGGCGGCUGCAACAACGCCGGCAUUCGCCGCUGCUUCGCCGCCAUUUAUCAAGCUAAACGCGAGGUGCACCGCAUAAUGUUCACGCCGAGGUUCUCCAUCCACAACCCUCGCGCGGAAGCGUCUGCAUUGCAUACUGCACUCGUCCAUCCCCACAGAAAUUCGCAUUUCCCAUUCACGCAUUAGCGAAUCUCCCUUUUUUUCCUAAACAAAUCCGAAUUAUCGUCCGAUAUUUCAUUUAAACUUUUAUCAUUAAAAUUGGCAAAAUACCCUCGUUGUUUCAGCUUCCAUUGGAAAAAAAAAGGAAAUUACUCACGUUUCAUUUUUACAUCGCGGAAACAGUAUCAACCACAGAUAUUUUCCUUCCAUUUCGCAUUCGGGAAACUCGCUUUAAUUCAAAACUAGAUAUCCGUGUUGCUGAAAUUACAAUAAAAACAUAUUUGCUCUUUGACGUCGAACUCUCUAACGAGCGCAUCGUUAUACAGCGAGAGAAAAUAUGAAUAUGUGCUCGCGUAAAUGAAGAUACACAUUUGAAAGAAAAAAAAAGAAAGAAGGAUAAAAGAACAACUACGUGAAAAGACGUCCGUCCAAAGGAAAAGAUACUUUCGGUGUGUCUUCAUUUAACCACGGUCAACGUGGUCGCUGCUUUUGCAAACGUUGCAUUAAAAAUUCAUAGGAAUUCCUCGUGUUGAAUUAUGAAUAGGGACUGUUUUAAUCAUUCCUGCCAGCCGCUAGAGAAAUGGUCAGACCACAAUUAUAUAAACUCUCGUGUAUCAUACAAACGUAUCCAAAGUUUUGUGGCCGCGUAAUUUCCAACCUCCAGCCGGGAACAGCUUCUCGGGUUAUAUUGAAAGCGUCCAGAUUGUUAUUCCCGUGGUCGAACCGGCUGACACUAAAAAUAACGUUUAUUCUUGUUGAUGAUAAAUACUAGAAGGAAAAAGAAGUGACCGAGAGUAGCGGAAAAAGAGGAAAUAAUACCGAGGGGAGAGUUUUGUCUGGAUAAACAAAGAUAACGUUCGAUGCCACUGUUAUUGAUUGAUUUUUGAUUGAAUGGUUAUUUUUGUCAACCACCGAUGAAGAAUCUUUCGAUGACACGUACAUGAUUGAAAUUUGAUUAGAAAAUAAUUUUAUCUUACAUUUGAUAGCUAUUGAUAGAGUGUAUUUGUUCUUCCUUUAAUGAAAGUUGAAACGGCAAGUAAGCGACCCAGAUUAAAAGCGAGCUGGAAACGAAACGGAUUCGAAAAUGUAUUUUACAUCGCACAAAGGGAAGAUGGGGCAAAGGUGGGAAAGAGGAAGGCAGGAAAAUGAGAAGACGUCUGUCCGUGACGAGAAAGAUAACGCUCGUCUUGCUUAACGACCGUGGCCCUACAUCACGCUCGCCGUGUCAUUUAUUCCAGAGAAACGUACGUACACCGGCAAAGAAAUAUAUUCGUCUCUUUUGUUACCAGUUGAAAAAAUAAUUAUAAAUCGUACCGACAAAAAAAAACCCGCGGAUUCACUAUUAUGAUAGACGACGAACCAGCUGGGAUAAUGAACGCGAGACAGAUUUAAUGAUCGUUUUUCCAACUUCGCGUCUUCCUGGCAAUUCGUUUCAAUAAAGUUAGUAAGAAAAAAUAAUUAAGAAUAUCUCAUUCGACGUUAUUUUUACGAAUAUUUUCUUCAAAUCGUGAAAUAAAAAUCAUAAUUAAAUCAUUGUAAUUAAGUGUUGACACGAACGUACGUUACCCUCGUGAAAUAGAUAUUACACGGUUACUUUUAUUGCACACACCCUGAUUAUAUCAGGUUUAAUCUACUUACGUGCCAUAAAAACAGCAAUAAACUGAACGAUCUCAUAUUUUUAGUUAGCUUCCCGGUAAACGAAUGUAGCCUUGUUGCACAUUAAUUGGCGAUUAAUUCGAAAAUUGCAGCGUCGAACGAGUAACUCGGUCAUGCGCUUCGUCGUAUAAACACGUAUAUUUAUACAGCCGGACGAUUAUUAAUGAAAACUCGUGAUCGAUCAUAUGCUUCGUUGUAUUUUGCAAAAUUUGACUUUUAAAUGGAUGAUUAUCAAACAGGCGAAGAAAAAAUCAAUUUUUACAGUUCGAAGAUUUAACUAGAGUUAAUUCGAACUGCUUCAUUUUAUUGGCAUAAUUUAUUGGGAAACGUGUGUACUUUUAUUUUUAUACAAAGUCAGCAAUUUAGAAUUCUCGAAUAAAGAUCCUGUUCUUGAGUGAUUAAUGAACCCGUUUUGGAACGUAGAAAAAAUGUGAACAGAAGUAACGGAAAAUACAACCGAUAUGCAAAUUUCUCGUGAUGAGCGGCAACAGCAAUUUUAUCGUCAUAUGUUUGUCGCGCACAUUUCAUCAGUAACGCGUGGUUGUUUACGAAUGCGCAAGAUUUCAAUUUACAAUGUCGGUAAUCAGAUAAAAAAGUAGAUUGGACGCAGAGUGCAGCUGCAAUUUACGUUUAAAUGCAUCACGCUGCACUCGAUAAAUUUUCCCCCGAUGUCCGUGAGAAAAAUUGAGGAUAGCCCUGUUGCGGAAUAAAAAUCGAAAACAGCGAUGAACCAGAAUCGUUGAACGGCGUAAAAAAAUAUUUCAAUGAAAUAUUUUAUCCGUUUAUGAGAGCUCUUAUCAUUGAAUUAUCAUUUGUAUAAUUAAUACACCGAGUUGCGAAUAAAUAUAUUAAUUCAUCUCACACGGGUACUAAUGUAAUUUUUGGCACGCCGAGUGCUAUAGAGGUUUCAAUUUAACAGACGUGUUAAAUAAAUUCUCUUCAGCGUCCAUGAAACAAGCAAUCAGCUCGUAUGAAUGUUGAAAUUGAGAAAAUUUCUGCCACUAGAAUUCUAAAAUUAUGAUUUUUUAUUAAAUUGAAAAAGUUUCUGACCACUACCAUCCUGAACUGUCUGUUCCAUUCUGCCAGUAGGAUCCUAAUUUCGAUGAAACAACUUUUCGAAAAUGCAACAAAUGUUUAGUUUGAAACACUGUUGAUGAUAUUUUGCGCACGAUAACCGCAUAAACAGUGACAAGCUACGUGCUACUGAAAAAAACGCUAACGAAUUAUAUUCAGUGGAGGAAGAGUUUUUAACAGGCUGAAAACCUGACUGAAAGAGCGAAUAUAUUUUUCCAGUAUAUUUCGGUCUACAUUUUCAAUAGGUAAAUCAAGGAGCGUGGCGUACCGAAUAUGUGGUUGCAUCCUGUGGAUUAGUAUUCACCUCGACCUACACGCCAUUUUACAAACUUCUCGUAUCGUGCAUCGAAUCAGUACCAAUCGAAAUAUUCACGAAUAAAGUCAUUGUGUACUAUUGUUAAAAACAAUUAUUUUAACCCUGCAUUUAGUUACAAAUUUUGGAGGACCAUAGUGAUCCCCAUAAUCUGAAGAAGGGUUAAUUAACACGUUCCCUACCGCCUCUUAUUAAUUGAACAUUCUUUAACCUUAUUUUUCUUAUUGUAAUGAUCUCAUUUCUAAUAUCGGUAGCGAACGUGUUAAUGAUGUACGUACAAUACAUUGACAUGUCAUCGUAUUCAUUUCCUUGACUGAAACGUCCAAUCUGAAUCAUGCUCUACGUUUUUACCUGUCGUUAUCAAGAUUUUGUACAAAAUAGGUAUUCUAUGUGCGUAAACUGUACGAACAAUCACUAGAAUGUGUGACGUGUUCCUGACGUGACAUUGCGACUGUAUACGAACUCAAAAUCAUUUAUUCAGGAAAUGAUAUAAACGAAGGCCGUACGAUUCUCUUCCUAAUUUCAUAAAUCAUACUAAUAUACUGUUAUCAACCUUUCUAUUAAAUUGUUGCAUAUCAAAUGGUCGAUUUCAAACCCUUGAUGAGAUAAAAGUAUCACAAAAUGGUAAUGUAUCGAUUUAAAGCUUAAAGUGUAAAGAAAACGACUACAUAAACGAUUCAUCGAUAAGUAAAUUAAUUCACAACUUAGCAAAUAUGUAAUUUUCACUCACUUCAUUUUUCCUAAAAGAGGAUUGAAUUUAUUGAUUUGUUAUGAUAUAAAAUUUGUUUAAAAUGUCCUGUAUACGCAUAGAAAGGCCAUUUUGAUAUGUAACAAUCUAGUAAACGAAUGGAAACACGGUCAAAGGAAGACUCAAUCCACAUAGAUAACGAUUUUGAUAAACUUACUCGUAUGUUAGUUCGAAGGAAAUAUAUCAACGAACAAUCAUGAAAGAUUUUAAAUUCUGAAUUGAGAAAAGAAUAUGGGAAAGACGAGUUUCUAACGACGACGAUCAGUGUACUUUCCUCGGAUGUAAAUAUGUAUUUAAAGAUCGUUUAGUUGUUUAGUUCGCUUCGGACAAUAUCUAACGGCGACGACGACAUGCUGCAUGGCUGGUUACACUACCAUUCCUUUUGUAUGAUACGCUGUACAUGUAUAUUUUGACCAACGGACGACAAUUAUCGCUGUAAUCGUUAUAAGAGGAUGAAGAGAAACUCGGGUAUAAUACACGAGAAUUUAAUAUCAACGUCAAAAUUAAACCGUUAAAUGAAAGAAAAUCGUGUUAACUACUAUUAACGUCGAAAAGAUAAAUGAUACAAGUCGUCUCACAAUGUAAUCACGAUACCAUGUAAUAUAAGAGCUCUGGUAGUUUGAUAAAUCGAGCGUAAAAGAUUACAUCUAAUAUUAUAUCGAUAUGCGUACACAUAUACACGAAGAAAAAAACACACAAACACAAACACACAACCGUAAUUACUGUAACACAACAUUACUGUCGUUGUAACGUUAUCGCCUAGUCAGUGUAAAAAAAAAAAAAAAAAAAAA